AUGUGGAAUGAAAUUGAGCUGCUGACCAAUGAUGAUACCGGAAGUGGGUACCUCAGUGUUGGUUCACAGAAAGAACAUGGCACAGCUUUGUAUCAAGUGGACUUGCUGGCGAAGAUCUCCUCUGACACGGCAUCUUUGAGCCCGAAGAUCCAGGCGUGCUGCUUAAGCGAUGGCUUCAUCAUUGUCGCAGACCAAUCAGUGAUUCUGCUGGACAAUACUUGCAGAUCGCUUCAGUUGCAUCUUGCAUUCGACACUAACGUGGACGUAGUUGGCCUCUCUCAAGAAGGAAGGUUCCUUUUGGUGGGGGAGAGGAGUGGCAAGUUCCAUCUCAUUCAUGUCACAUCGAAGCAAACGUUGCUCACUAACGUUUUUGUUCAGAAAAAUAAUGAUGAAAAUCAAUGUACUUACCAGAAUCUUGUUAUCGAGAAAGAUAAUUCAACUGAAGAUACCUAUUAUUUGCUGCUUCUUACAACCAAUGGAUUUUUUUAUGUAACAAACCUUCAGCUUGGGAAAAUCCAGCAAGCAAUUGAGAAUGCUGACUUCGGUACUUCGAAGAAGUUACAAGGAGAAAUCAAGUCCAGUUUUAUUUCUACUGAACAGUAUCAUACUCUCGGGUGUCUCAAUCUUGUGGUUGGAGAUUUCAGUAGCAACAUCUCUGUGAUAAUUGGGGGAACUGGCCUUUGUGCCAUCUCCAGAUGGACACCGGAUUCUUCCGAGAACCAAAUGACAGUCCAGAAUGUUGUUGACACGGAGUUGAUUCAAGGUGCAAAGAAGUUCCUGCUGGUGGACAAUCUGCUGUUCGUGCUCGACACUGGCAAUGUGCUGAGCUUGUGGGACGUCUUCACCCUCACUCCUGUCUGGAACUGGCCCUCUCUCCAUGUGGAAGAGUUUCUUCUCACCACAGAGGCAGACACACCUUCCUCUGUCACUCGGACCGGAUGCUCCAGCCUGAAAUUAGUCACUCUGACGAGGACUGCAGAUGCCAAGAUGAAAAACUUCCUCGUUUAUUCAUUACCUACCAUGGAAAUACUAUAUUCUUUGGAAGUGUGUAGUAUUUCUUCUCUGGUACAAACGGGAAUUAGCUCAGAUACCAUAUACCUCCUGGAGGGAAUUUGCAAAAAGGAUCCAAACUGCUCGGAGGCCUCCACCUCUAUCUUAGCGCUCCGGUGUCUCACUGAGGCUUUGCCGGAGAACAGAUUGAGUCGGUUACUGCACAAACGCAAAUUUGCUGAGGCCGAGAGCUUUGCCAUUCAGUUUGGCCUGGACGUGGAGCUUGUUUACAAGGUGAAGGCCAACGACAUUCUGGAGAAACUGGCUCUGAGCUCAGAGGACGCCCGCCGGGAGCAGCCCGAGUGGCAGAAGCUGCUGGACGAAGCAAAGGGGAAUCUCCACAAGAUCCAGGAUGACGAAUUUGUGGUGAAUUACUGCUUAGAGGCUCAGUGGAUGACGUACGAAACAACCCAGGAGAUGCUCAACUAUGCCAAAAACAGGCUUCUGAAGAAAGAAGAUAAAACUGUUCCUUUCUAUUCUGAAGGUUUAAAAGAGGUCCUCAGGGCUCAGGCAAAGUUGACUACUUUCUAUGGAGCAUUUGGACCAGAGAAACUCAGUGGCAGUUCUUGGAUUGAGUUUCUGAAUAACGAAGAUGAUCUUAAGGAUAUCUUUUUGCAGCUAAGAGAAGGGAACCUUAUUUGUGCACAAUACCUUUGGCUGAGGCAUCGGGCAAAUUUUGAAAGUAAGUUUGAUGUGAAAAUGCUCGAGAACUUGCUCAGCUCGAUUUCUACGCCAGUCUCGCUGCAAGAUCUUUGUCCGUGGCUUCAGAAUGAUGUGAUCCCAUUUGUGAAAAGAACCGUGCCUGAAGGCCAGAAAAUUCUUGCUAAGUGGUUAGAGCAAGCAGCCCGGAACCUUGAAUUAACUGAUAAGACAAACUGGCCAGAAAAUGGACUUCAGUUGGCAGAAGUAUUUUUUACGGCAGCAAAACCAGAUGCCUUGGAACUGACGUCCUCUUGGCAUUGGAUUUCCAUGAAGGAUUCUCAGGAAACGGAGGAAAUCCGACAGCUAAGGGAGCUGGUGACAGCCUUGCGGGAGUUGAUCACGCUGCAUCGGAAGUACAACUGCAAGUUGGGCCUGUCUGACUUUGAGAAGGAGAAUACCACCACCAUCGUGUUCCGCAUGUUUGACCGAGUGCUGGCCCCGGCCCUCAUCCCAUCCAUCCUAGAGAAGUUCAUUCGUGUUUACAUGCGGGAGCACGGCCUGCAGGAGGAGGACGUGCUCCUGCUCUACAUAGAGGACUUACUGAAGAGAUGUAGCUCCAAGUCCACUUCCAUCUUUGAAACCGCCUGGGAGGCCAAAGUCAUCGCCGUCAUUGGAUGUCUGUCCGACCCCGACCUCAUAUUUGAUGCCGUGUUGAAGAUCAUGUAUGCAGCUGUGGUUCCCUGGAGUGCAGCCGUGGAGCAGCUGGUAAAGCAGCACUUGGAGAUAGACCAUCCCAAAGUCAAGUUAUUACAGGAAAGUUACAAACUAAUGGAGAUGAAAAAACUCUUACGGGGCUAUGGAAUACGGGAGGUGAAUCUCUUAAACAAGGAAAUAAUGAGGGUGGCACGGUACAUCCUUAAGCAAGACAUGCCAUCUUCUCUGGACGAUGCUCUGAAGGUGGCCCAGGCGUACCUGCUGUCUGACGAGGAAAUCUACACUCUGAGGGUCAUCGACCUGCUGGACAGAGAACAGGGUGAAGACUGUGUCCUUCUGCUGAGGUCUCUGCCUCCUGCUCAAGCGGAGCAAACUGCAGAAAGAGUCGUCAUAUGGGCACGGCUGGCCUUGCAAGAAGAACCAGAUCAUUCAAAAGAGGACAAGGCCUGGCGAAUAUGUGUUGCCAAGACAUUAGUGGAUAUUCUGAAAAUUCUGUGUGACAUCCAGAAAGACAAUCUACAGAAGAAGGAUGAAAAUGAAGAGCUCUUGAGACUGUUUCAAACUGUUUCUAGCCUCCAGGAGAACUUUGAGCUCUUCCUGACCUUCGGAGAGUACAGCAACAGCUCCCUGGUAGCCGAGCUCCGAGGACGGUGCAUUAAAGCUCACGAGGCCCCAAAGAAGAAACAUAGACUCCAGGGUGGCGUCGAUUCCACGGCCACCAUGAGGCCAAGUGCGGAGCUGCAGCUGCACAGGCAGGCCCGGGCUCUGCAGCUGACCCCGCAGGAACUGGAGGCUGAGCUGGCCCUGCAGGCUUUGGCCAGCAGUGACAUAACCACCGCGCUGGCAAAAUGCAGAGACCUGUUCGAGUUCCACCGCAGUGCACACACAGGGACAGUGCUGCUGGCUGCCUGCCAGAAGCUCUGCCAGAUGCUGGCUGACGACGUCCCGGUGACUGUGCCCACGGGACUGAACCUUUCCCAUUGGAUUCAUGAGCUUGCCUGCCAGGCUACCACCCUCUGUGGCCCAGAAAUUUUACUCGAUGCUUUGGAAUUGUGCAAAUAUACCUUAACGGCAGUAGAACUUUCCAGACAGUGUCAGAUGGAUGACAACGGGGCCCUCAUCAAAACUGCCCUCGGGACACACAAAGACCCGUACGAGGAGUGGACCUACAGCAGCUUCUUCACCGAGGAUGGGAUCGUGCUCGAGGCCCAGACGGUGCUGCCUGUGGUCUAUGAACUGAUUUCCUCGCUCAUUCCGCUGGCUGACAGCAAGAAACACCCCCUGGAUUCUGCGUGUCUGCCGUACCUCUCCAUCAGCCAAGGAAACAGCUUUAUUUUGCCCGUUAUCAACUCCAUCUCCGCCCUGCAUCAGACCCUGGAGGAAUCCAGCCAGUGGGAGCUGGCCCUGAGGUUCAUCAUUGGCUCAUUUGCCAUCUGCCAUCAGCACUCUGUGACGAACUUUAUGGAUGUCAGUCUGAGUGAAAAGUUGUUCGGGGAGGCCAUAUCAGUGAAAUUCAAGCAGGUUGUAAUGGGAUUGAGAGAAAAGGCCAUCACCUUUAUGAGGGCAAGUGCUGCAAAGGUAUUACACAAAGUGUUCAAUUGCCGCGUGGUGGACCUGGACCUGGCGCUGGGGUACUGCACUCUCUUACCCCAAAACGAGGUGUUUGACAACCUCUGGAAGCUCGUCGAUAAAGCCUGGCAGAACUACGACAAAGUCUUGGCAAUAUCCCUGGUGGGCUCUCAGCUGGCCAGUCUCUAUCAGGACCCGGAGAUGGAGCUUAAGUUCCGAGAACUCAGUACUGACGCCCAGUGGGGAAUUCGCCUCAGCAAACUUGGUAUUUCUUUUCAGUCCGUUUUCAGGCAACCUUUUCUAACCAAGAAACUCCUCGUUAAAUCUCUGGUGGCAAACAUUGAUAUGGACACAAAGCUCCUUCUGGAAUACUGCUCCACCUUCCAGCUGGAUUGUGACUCGGUUCUUCAGCUCUUCAUUGAGACGCUGUUCCAUAACACGAAUGCCAGCCACAGCCAGGGAGACACGAGCCCGGGCCUGGCAGACCAGCUGCACUCCAGGGUCCUGGCUAAAGCCCUAGAAAUGGUUCCUUUACUCCAGAGCACGAAAGACCUGGUGAUCAGCCUCAGUGGGGUCGUGCAUAUGUUGGAUCCCUAUGACUAUGAAAUGAUCGAAGUUGUCCUGAAGGUUAUAGAAAGAGCCGAUGAAAGGAUAACCAGUAUUAACAUAAAUCAGGCCUUGAGUCUCCUGAAACAUCUGAAGUCAUACCGGAGACUGUCUCCUCCCGUGGACCUGGAGUACCAGUAUAUGCUGGAGCAUGUCAUCACGCUCCCGCAGGCUGCCCAUUCCCGACUGCCGUUUCACCUCAUCUUCUUCGGAACAGCACGGAACUUCUGGAAAAUUCUCUCCACAGAACUGAGUGAAGAGUCCUUCCCCACAUUGCUCUUAAUUUCGAAAUUAAUGAAGUUCUCUUUGGACACACUUUACGUGUCUACGGCCAAGCAUGUCUUUGAGAACAAGCUGAAGCCGAAGCUCCUGAAGUUGACGCAGGCCAACUCCUCCUCGGUUCUGAUGAACAAGGAGGUCACGAAGAUCUCACAGACCAUUGAGUCCUACUUACUGUCCAUCGUGAACCCCGAGUGGGCUGUUGCCAUUGCCAUCAGCCUGACCCAGGACAUCCCAGAAGGUUCCUUCAAGAUGUCCAGUCUGAAAUUCUGCCUUUACCUGGCUGAGAGAUGGCUCCAGAAUACGCCAGCUCAGGAUGAAAUGCACGAGAAAGCCGAGGCCUUGCUGAAGAAGCUGCACGUCCAGUACCAGCGCUCGGGCACCGAGGCUGUGCUCAUCGAGCACAAGCUCAACUCCACCGAGUACCUGAAAGUCGUUGGGAAGCCGGCGCACCUCAUCGUCAGCCUCUACAAGCACCCCAGCAUCUGCCAGAGGAUCCAGAACUUGCCGAGCACGGAUUAUCCGGAUAUCCACGCAGCUGCCCAGGAAAUCGCCGAAGUGAACAACAUCAGCCUAGACAAGAUCUGGAACAUGCUGCUGGAGCAGUGGCUGGGCCCGCCCACCAGUCCCGGGGAAAAUCCAUCAGAGUUUUUCGAACUUCAAGAUGACGAGGCCUUACAAAGAGUCCUCUAUCUCCUGUCAGCUCGGCCAAUUGAUUAUAGCUCAAGAAUGCUGUUCAUUUUUGCCACAUCAGCGACCAAUACGGUGGGGAUGCGCCAGUUGACCUUCGCCUACCGGGCCCGCGCACUGCAGUGUCUCCUCUAUUUGGCCGACAAGGACACCGUAGAAUCACUCUUCAAGAAGUCCAUGAAGGAAGUGAAGUCUUAUCUGAAGUGUGUAACUUUCCUGGCAUCGUUUGAGGCUUUGAACAUCCCCAUCACGUACGAAUUGUUUUCUAGCAGCCCAAAGGAAGGAAUGAUCAAGGGUCUUUGGAAGAACCACAGCCACGAGCCCAUGGCUGUGAGGCUGGUGACGGAGCUCUGCUUAGAAUACAGGGUCUACGACCUGCAGCUUUGGAACGGACUCCUCCAAAAGCUCCUGGGUUUCCACAUGAUUCCUUACCUGAGGAAAGUUUUGACCACCAUUUCCAGUGUCCAUUCCUUAUGGCAGGCUCCGUACUUCAAUAAAGCGUGGCAGCACAUAGUCCAGAUCCCCCUGCUCUCAGCCUCUUGUCCUUUAAGCCCCAGCCAAUUAUCAGAUUGCUGCAAGAGUCUUGUCGCUGUCCUAGAGUGCCCCGUCUCCAGCGACCUGGACAUGGUGGGCGUGGCCAGGCAGUACCUCCAGUUAGAGCUGCCGGCCUUCGCGCUGGCCUGCCUCAUGCUUAUGCCCCACUCGGAGAGGAGGUGCCAACAGAUCCAGAACUUCCUGGGCUCGUGUGAUCACCAGGUCAUCUUACAGCAGUUGGACGAGCACAUGAGUUCAGGCCAUUUAGCAGGCUUUGCACACCAGAUUCGGAGUUUGAUUUUGAAUAAUAUCGUGAGUCAGAAGGCGUUUGGGCUUCUGGCCAAGACAAAAUACUUCCCCGUGUUGAAAUCCCACAUGAUGAAAGCCAGCAACAUCACUGACCUAGUAAACUACCUGGCAACUGAGUUAAGUUUGGAUGAAGCUUCAAACUUCAUAACUGAGUAUUCAAAGCGCUGUGGGAGACCCCUCCCACCGGACGCACCUCCCUGUGAGCUUCUGAAGAUGUUCCUUAACGGAUCGUAGUGAACCAUCGAACAUUUCCUCAAGAAGAGCAGGAGGAAGUUCAAAGUCUGCCAGGAAUGGACCAUAUUUAUUCGUUCUGGUGUUUUGCAACCUACACGUCGAGGCCAUUGUGAGAUGCCGUCCGACAGGUGGAAUCAGGAUGCGGGCCGGAUGGCCUCUGCGUUGUUUGCACACCCCUGACCCCAGCUGCUGCUUCUCUCUGCCUGCAGCACCGU